AUGGCAGAACACGCAACUUAUUGCACUGGCGUGGACGACUCCUGGAAGGUUCACGCAUCGACCUGUCGAGGGGGGUUCGACUUCACACUGCUCUUCGAAGAAGUCGUGUUAGGUAUCCUACCAAUCGUCCUCGCCAUAGUCAUAUCUCCGUUUCGGAUAUAUGGUUUACUUCGAACCACCAGUAAGAUCGAGCCCUCAAAGCGACCAAUCUACAAGGCGGCAGCAUGGAUUCUUUGGAGCGCGUUGCAAUUCCUGCAAGCGGUUCUGUGGGCUUUACCAGAUGCUCGAAGAACCAGGCUCUCCUUUGCCUCAAACCUGAUUAUGGGAUGUGGAUCCAUAAUUCUCUGUGUCCUGUCAUACAUAGAGCACUCUCGCAGUGUGCGUCCAGCAUUCCUGUUGGAGCUCUAUUUGCUGAUCACUCUUCCCUUUGACGCUGCGCGGAUAAGAACUCUCUGGCUGCGCGAAGGGGGGGACGUUGACAAGCUGAUGGCAGUCGUCGCCAGCUUCGCAAUCGGGAUCAAGCUCCUUCUUGUCCUGUUGGAGUCAUGGCAGAAGAAGGCCAUCCUCAAAGACCAAUAUAAGCACUAUCCAGCAGAAGCCCGCGCGGGGCUUGCCAGCAGGGCAUUUUUCUGGUGGUUAAACCCUCUGUUCCUCACGGGUUUCCGCAAGACACUGCAGGUCGAAGAUUUGUAUACCCUAGACAAAAGAUUAGAAUCUCCUCGUUUGCGUGACUUGUUGGAUUUCCGAUGGAGCAAAGAAAAUCAAACCGGGAAAUCUUCGUUGAUCGGCGUAGUCUUCAAAACUUUCAAAUGGUCAAUCCUGGCAGUUAUUCCUCCUAGGCUGUGUAUGAUCGGAUUGACAUUCUGCCAGCCCCUUCUUCUCCAUAAAGCUAUGGAGCUGUCUUCGGAGGAGGUGACCAUUGAAUCAACCCAGAUUGGAUAUGGACUAAUCGGCGCGUAUGUGCUGGUUUACGUUGGAAUGGCGAUCAUGAUGAGCCAACAACAGCAUCUAACGUACCGCGCGAUCACUAUGGUCCGCGGUGCGUUGGUUUCUCUGAUCUACAAGAAAGCAAGCGUGCUGUCGAUCCAGGAUGCCGAUCCGGCAGCUUCCUUAACUCUAAUGACGGCAGACAUUGAAAGAAUCGUCCAGGGGUGGCAGACGAUGCACGAGAUCUGGGCGAAUGCUACUGAGAUCGCGCUUGCUAUUGUCCUUCUAGAGAGGCAACUGGGCAUCGCGUGUGCUGUUCCCAUUGGGGUCGCCAUCUUCGCCCUCUUGGGUUCCAUGGUUGCCAUGUCCGGUGUAAUGGCCAAGCAAGCAAAAUGGCUUGAAGCUAUUGAGAAACGUAUUUCCUCAACUGGUGCCAUGCUUGCAUCGAUCAAGGGGGUCAAGUUAUUAGGACUGAAACCAACCCUCAUGGCUUCGAUUCAGAAGUUGCGGUUGGAAGAAUUGGACAUCUCAAAAGGUUUUAGAAAGCUGCUGGUCUGGAACAUGGCAUUUGGUAACCAUUCCGAUCUCUCAUGGCUCACGCGAAUUUUCGCUCCCAUUGUGUCCUUCGCAGCAUUUGUUGCCAUAUCCGAAAAAUCAGGAGACGGCGCUUCGCUUGAUAUUAACAUGGUAUACACAUCGCUGUCGCUAUUCGCACUCCUGGCCGAUCCAUUCUUGUCUCUGGUGAUGGCACUCAUGGGGUUCCUUGGGUCUAUUGGGUCUUUCGCGCGGAUCCAGGAGUUCCUUAACAAGGAAACUCAUCAAGCCGACUCCGAGCCACCGCGCUGGAGCUCGGUAACAAGUUUGACUUUGCGUGAAAAGCGCGAUACCUCAAAUACAUCCAGUACCCUCACACUCACCGAAGACAAGAACACACCGCCCAGUCAGAUGAAAUUCGCCCUCCCCCUCAUGGACAUGAUCAUGGUUGAGAGCGCAAGCUUCGGGUUCGAUCCUAAAGCUGAGCCAAUCCUUGAGGGCAUCGGAAUGACUCUACCUGGGCGGAGUUUCUCAAUGAUUGUCGGACCCUCAGGCUCUGGUAAGUCGAUAUUGUUGAAGGGUCUGCUUGGGGAGGUUCCGUGUCUGGAAGGCAAGGUGAAGAUGUCCUCAGACAGUAUCGCAUACUGCGAUCAGACUCCUUGGCACAUGAAUGGCACUAUUCGCGACAGUAUCACGGCCAUGUCUGAGUUCGACCUACUCUGGUACACGACCGUCAUCAGAGCUUGUGCUUUGGAACAGGAUCUUGCACAAUGGCCGCAGGCGGAUCAGGCUGUCAUUGGCAGUCGAGGUGUUGCACUCAGCGGUGGACAAAGCCAAAGAAUUGCACUGGCGAGGGCAAUCUAUGCCCGGAAGCGUCUCUUAAUCCUCGACGAUGUAUUUAGUGGUCUUGAUGCGGCGACAGAGAAUCAUAUUUUCUGCAGCCUGCUUGGAGUGAACGGACUCUUGCGGGAAGCUGGGACCACUGUCGUUCUUGCUUCGUCCUCUGUAAAACGCAUCCCGUAUGCCGACCACAUUGUCGUGUUGAAUGAAGAGAGGAGGUUGACAGAAUCGGGGUCAUUUGGCGAUCUCGCUGAACAAUCCGGCUACAUCUCCAGCUUCUCUCUCCCAUCUCCAAACUGGGAUUCAACCGUCGAGGCGGAAUACGUCCCCAAGUCCAAGCCCUCCCGAACAUCGGUCCAACCCGUCAAGAAAGAGGAUUGGAGUGAGGAGAAUGUGCACAAACAUAGGGGCAGCUUGGGGACCUACGUGUUCUACAUCCGUGCAGUCGGUUGGAUACCUACCUUGAUCUUUCUAGUGACCAUCGCCGGGUUUGUUUUCUGCAUAUCGUUCCCAAGUAUCUGGCUGAAAUGGUGGGCUGCCGCAGAUGCAGCAGAACCUGGGGAGCACACCCAGCAUUACGUCGGUAUUUAUUUCGUGCUGGGAGGACUGGCCAUGAUUUGUCUGCUUGUCAGCUGCUGGGAUGUGAUCGUAAGUUCGGUGCCAAGAUCAGGCGAAAGGUUCCAUGGGGCUCUUUUGGAUACUGUUCUAAGGUGUGUUGUGCCUCUCCUGAAGAGAAAAACUCAUCGCUGA